AUGGUAGGCAGCCCUGUCGCCAUUGAGUAAAGGUAAUAUUGUAUAGCAUAUGGUAACGUCUCUCCACUUGAUUUUUGAAACACAUCUAAAGUAAGACGCCUGUUUAGGAGAUAUUUGCCGACAAAGGUGACCCGCUUGGUCUGAAUCUGUUUUAUCAGGAAAAUGACGUUCUGGUGAUUUCAGGAUCCGGUUUAAAAAGAAAGUUGGAAGGUAUGAGUAGUAGGAAAGAAACUUCCCCUGGAGAAUCAAUCAACAUGAAUGGAAUUGACAAUGGAAUCAACAGUGUAUGUUCAAUUUGUGGAGACAGAGCUACAGGGAAGCAUUAUGGAGCUUCCAGUUGUGAUGGAUGUAAGGGGUUCUUCAGACGUAGCAUCAGGAAGAGUCAUGUAUACUCUUGCAGGUUUAGCAGACAGUGUGUUGUUGACAAAGACAAACGGAACCAAUGCAGAUAUUGUCGUCUAAGAAAGUGUUUUAGAGCUGGAAUGAAAAAAGAAGCUGUUCAGAAUGAAAGAGACCGAAUAAGCACAAGAAAGAGUGGAUUUGAAGGAAGCAAUAUCACAUCCAUUAAUACACUGUCACAAGCAGAGGCUUUGUCUCGUCAGAUCACUGCCCCAAGUACUGGUACAAGUACUGACAUAAAUACAAAGAAAAUUGCUGGUGUUACUGAUAUUUGUGAAUCCAUGAAGCAGCAACUUCUUGUCUUGGUGGAGUGGGCAAAAUACAUUCCUGCUUUCUGCGAGCUUCCUCUGGAUGACCAGGUUGCUUUAUUGAGGGCUCAUGCCGGAGAACAUCUUCUUCUAGGAAUAACGAAACGUUCCAUAAUGUUUAAAGACAUUUUGCUUUUAGGAAACAGUUAUGUAAUUCACAGGAACUGUAGCGAGAUUGAGAUAAGUCGCGUUGCCAACAGAAUUUUGGAUGAACUUGUCCAGCCUUUUCAGGAGAUCCAAAUAGAUGAUAACGAAUAUGCCUGCUUAAAGGCAAUUGUAUUUUUUGAUCCAGAUGCCAAAGGUCUCAGUAAUCCAAUGAAGAUAAAAAAUAUGAGAUAUCAAGUACAGAUUAGCUUGGAAGAUUACAUUAAUGACAGACAAUAUGAUUCCAGAGGAAGAUUUGGAGAACUUCUUUUAUUAUUGCCUACUCUUCAGAGUAUCACUUGGCAAAUGAUUGAACAAAUUCAAUUUGUGAAAUUGUUUGGAAUGGUUAAAAUUGAUAAUCUUCUCCAGGAGAUGUUAUUAGGAGGUUCAGCAACAGAGUCUAGUCACAUCCACCAUCCUGCACAUCCUCAUAUAUCACAAGACCCUCUAGUGGGACAAACUCUGCUAAGUUCCAUGUCUUCUACACUACACUCAGAACAGAUUGCCACUCCUGAAACACCUUUGCCUUCUCCUCCUCAAGGGUCAGGACAAGAACAGUAUAAGAUAUCCACAAACCAUGCAACUGUCAUUACACAUCAAUCAAUCUUGAAGCAAAAACCUUGAUAUUUUGUACAUAACAAAGAAAAGAAUGGACACUGCCAGUUUUGCUUUCUCUGCAGCCCUCAGCUGUAUAUAAGAUGGCAUAUAACACAGUCAACUGGAAAUAGAGUGUGUUAGAGUCAAUACUUGUAACUUGUUAAAUUAGAUAUUUUGUAUAUCGGACCUAUUAUUAAUUUCAUAUCUUCUCCUAAUUAAAUUGUUAUAUGUUAAAAUUAAUAAAUUAAUACAUUUGGCAAUAUAUUAUAAUAUUGCUAUUUUACUACUUGUUUAUACAUACAUUCAGGUAUAUUGUAUGCAAAAUAUAAUUUAUGUUCUUUUAUUAAAAAUGUGUUACUAUGUUUUACUGCAAAACUGUAUCCAGUCUCACAGUAGAUAUACUAGUCAAAUGUCAAAGUUAUUUUACUUUUUGGAAAAGAUCCAAUUUAACUUAAAGGAAAGAUUUUGCCAGAGUAAUGUUGACAUUAGUGUGAUAAAUGUGCCUUCUAACUAAUAUUUUUGUUUAGGUAGAUAAAAUUACUUUGGAAACACCUUCAUGCUAAUAUAUCAUACUUUUCCUUAUAGAAACAAAAUAAAUUUUUUUUAUAUACAUAUAUAAAGUUAAACUUGUGCCAAUGUUUACAGUACAUCAGUACAAAAGCAACUGUGAUACUCUUUAAUUGAAAUGUACUCUCAUAUUUACACAGUAAUAAUGCAGAAAUGCAUUAGGGACGCAAAUACAUAGAAUACAGAAUGUAUUUAUAAUGUUGAAAACCCAGCACUACUACUACUUACUGUAUAUGGUUAUAACUGUAACAUUUUUAAAAUAAUUAUUUUUUAUUUAAUAAACUAAAUUACCAAACA